AUGAACUCCAGCGGACCCUUAUUCAUUGCCCAAGAGGCGGUUUGUUUCUAUGAAAUCAGCACCAUCUAUAAUUCCUGUCCGAGAUAUCUAUUCUAUGCUCUUCUGAUUGCAAGCUGUGUGACUCGCUGGACAGGAUGGCUCGCCGAUGUAUUCCUAGGAGCUGCUGCCACUUAUGCAGGCACGGCCGCCAUCGAGGCCUUCAUCCUGGUAGCCAGUCAACAGAAAAGGCCACGUCCAGCACCUGUCACUAUUCCAUUCGUCUCCGAUAACACGACUUUAUGGAACGACUUCCCCCAAUUAAUCACGGAGACCAACCAAAUCAUGAUCCAGCCCGGGUCUAUCGAGCUGGAUGGCGACGCGGUCCUUGCUAUCGUCGUGACGGGGUAUCUUGUCUUCUUACCUCUGCAGUGCUGGUCACGCGUCUUGACACAUCAACGAGCCCGGAAUGUCUUAUUCUAUCUCUGGAACAUGUUGAUGCUUGCGGGUUCGAUUUGUGCUUUGGUCUACGCAGCCAACAAAUCAAACAUUCCCACACAAUACAUGUUCUGCUUUCCCGCUCUCCCUCCUUUUGACCAAACGUCCAGCGAUGGCUGGCAGUCAUCAUGGAGAACAUCAACCUGGAAUAACAGUGUGUGGGAGACAUUCUCAAACAUAACUCGAUGGAGUCAGCUUGGAGACAUCUGUUUCAAUCCGUGUUUCAACUCGACCCAAGCCCUUCGCCAGCCGAAAUCGUUGCAGUCUUGGGUUGCGAGCAAAGACUCAGAACUUUCACAUCCUGCUCGAUUAUGGGACAAAAUUGUCUAUUCGAAAAGAUAUAUCUACAGCCUGAUCAUCCUUUGCCUUGUACUGAAUUUGGUCCAUUUGACCUUCAAAUUUCUUCCCUACCGGUCCCGCAUCCCUUCCGCCAAGAUAGUCGUGAUAUGGAGAGAGAGAAAGAGCAUUUGGAACAGUUUCAAGGAAGAGCUAAAAGCAGCCCGAUCGAAAGCCGGGGAGAAAUUGGAAUACAAAGAAGCGGCACUCACUAGUCGUUGCAGAAUAUCACAGCUGAAUCAUCUGCGACCAUUCUUCAGUGUCGUAUUUCUCAGGGCUAUUAUGCGGGUUUUAGCCGACUUUGCGAUUCUCUUCGGUCUCCUUUUCAGCAUGAUCAUCAGUCCAUUCACCAUCAUUGCGUUUGUGGGAUGGGCCGAGUGGACUAUAUACAACGAUGGACCCGCGCAAGAAAGUCCCCAGCAGGUUGGGCAGUGGUCGUACUUGGUGUCCUUUGGACUACUUCUCGUCUCCGCCGCUAUUUUGACUUUGAAGUACCGUCUUGCUACGACGUCUGAGUUGGAUGAGGAAAUUGAAAAGUUGAGAGAUGAUUUGGAGAAACUGGAGCAACGGAAGGAAGCACGAUUAAGAUCAGAAACGGCGCCCUUGACGGCACCGACAAACACCGCUGAGAGUAGUUGA